GUUGAAUAUGGACUUUCUACUGCGGUCCAUUUUCGACUGAACAUAUAUGUGCAUUUCUGUCUCUUUCAUGUCUUGUGCCUGUCCUGGUGUUUCUGGACCUGAAGGACAACAAAAAACUCAAGUUUGGUCUCCUUUGAGACCAAGUGUUCUGAAAGACUUCUUCAUGAGAUGAUCUGAAAACCAACAGCCCUCAUGAGUAUUUGUGAUGAUCUAAUGGCAGACCAAAGAAUGGACAUCUCAUCAACAAUGAAUGAGUUCAUGUCUCCCAGCUCUACAGACCUAAUCAGCAGCUCCAUCAACACCCCAGGCAUGGACUACACUCGUAAAAGGAAAGGCAGCUCCACAGACUACCAAAUGGAUGGAUUUACUUUUGAGGAUGGUGUAGACUCAGACAAGGAUAAACAACUUGGAAGGGACUGUGCUGAUCAGCAAGGUCGCAUAAAGAAUGCCAGGGAGGCUCACAGUCAGAUUGAGAAGAGACGCAGGGACAAAAUGAACAGCUUCAUAGAUGAGCUGGCCUCAUUAGUGCCUACUUGCAACGCCAUGUCCCGUAAACUAGAUAAACUCACCGUGUUACGCAUGGCAGUCCAGCACAUGAAAACAUUACGAGGUGCUGCUAAUCCUUACACUGAAGCUAACUACAAACCGGCCUUCCUGUCAGAUGAUGAACUGAAGCACUUAAUAUUAAGGGCUGCUGAUGGAUUUCUUUUCGUGGUUGGCUGUGAUCGGGGAAAGAUUCUUUUUGUUUCAGAGUCCGUUUACAAAAUCCUCAACUACAGCCAAAAUGACCUAAUUGGCCAGAGUUUGUUUGAUUACUUACAUCCUAAAGACAUUGCCAAAGUCAAAGAGCAGCUGUCCUCAUCUGACACAACACCACGGGAGCGACUCAUUGAUGCCAAAACUGGUCUGCCAGUGAAGACAGACAUCACACCCGGACCCUCUAGACUCUGCUCAGGGGCCAGACGCUCUUUUUUCUGCAGAAUGAAGUGCAAUCGGCCGCUGGUCAAAAUGGAGGAUAAAGAUAUCCCAUCUACAUGCUCCAAAAAAAAAGCUGACCGGAAGAGCUUUUGCACCAUUCACAGCACUGGUUAUCUGAAGAGCUGGCCUCCCACAAAGAUGGGCUUGGAUGAAGAUAAUGAACCAGACAAUGAAGGUUGCAACCUCAGCUGCUUGGUAGCCAUUGGCCGACUUCACCCGCAUAUUGUCCCCCAACCUAUGAGUGGGGAUAUUCGUGUUAAACCCACUGAAUAUGUCUCUCGUCACGCUAUCGAUGGGAAGUUUGUCUUUGUGGACCAGAGGGCCACUGCCAUUCUGGCUUAUCUGCCCCAAGAACUUCUUGGGACUUCUUUUUAUGAAUAUUUUCAUCAGGAUGACAUCGGACAUCUCGCUGAAUGCCACAGACAAGUACUACAAAUGAGAGAAAAAAUCAACACUAAUUUUUAUAAGUUUAAGAUCAAAGAUGGCUCUUUCAUCACUCUGAGAAGUCGUUGGUUCAGUUUCAUGAACCCUUGGACAAAAGAAGUCGAGUACAUUGUUUCUACGAACACUGUUGUCUCAGGCAGUAUGCUUGAGGGAGCAGACCCCAGCUAUCCACAACUAGCUUCCUCCCCCCAGAGCAUGGACAGUGUCCUCACAGCUGGUGAUGGGAAGAGGGCUCUUCAGACAGUGCCUGGAAUUCCUGGAGGGACAAGAGCUGGUGCGGGGAAGAUUGGCCGCAUGAUUGCAGAGGAGGUGAUGGAGAUCCAGAGGAUAAGGGGAUCAUCGCCGUCCAGCUGUGGCUCCAGCCCUCUAAAUAUCACUAAUAGCACUCCACCUCCAGAUACUCCCUCUCCUGGGGGCAAGAAGAUCCAGAAUGGAGGUACUCCAGACAUUCCUUCAGCAGGGAUGGUAUCAAGCCAGGACUCAACUGGAUACCCAUAUUCAAACAACUCCAUUUUAAGUGAUAAUUCCCACAUUGGCAUUGACAUAAUGGAUGAACCUGGCUCCAGCAGCCCGAGCAAUGAUGAAGCUGCCAUGGCAGUCAUAAUGAGUCUGUUGGAGGCUGAUGCUGGACUUGGGGGACCAGUGGACUUCAGUGACCUCCCUUGGCCUCUGUGAAAGCCUCCAAGCGCUGCCCACUAACCUCAAUAAGAUAGUGGGGUGCCCAGUUGAGAAUGGAACAGACAUUUUAACCAUGUGCCUGUCUGUCACUUGUGACAGAGUGAUAUCAACAGGACAUUUAGCAAUUGUUCUCAAGUGAUGACAGCUAACAUUGGGCCUAAUGGGACUUUGGAAUAGAAGACCACAUACACUGGUCUCUAUCAAAAGAUGACAAUCUCCAUCCAUAGAAAACCACAAAAAGUUCCAGUUUUUCAGGAUUUUACAAGAGUUAUGUAAUCACAC